CCCGCUACAGGAUACAAGAUCCUGGACCCGCCUGCGUCGUAUGUGCCUAUUCGGACUCCGUCACGGAAGCUACUUGCUACUCCUACGCCGAUGGGCCAAACACCGGGGUUCGCAAUGCAGGCCACGCCGGCGCGUGAAGAUUACGGUGUGCCUGUUGGCACCCCGUCGGGUGGGGAUGGUAGUUCCAUGCCCUUUAUCAAGCCGGAGGACUACCAAUACUUCGGCAAGCUUAUGGACGAGGUGAACGAGGAAGACUUGGAUCCGGAGGCUGCCAAGGAGCGUAAGAUUAUGCGCUUGUUGCUGAAGAUCAAGAAUGGCACCCCGCCGCAGCGAAAGAGUGCGCUGAGACAGCUGACGGAUAAGGCACGCGAAUUUGGUGCCGGCGCGCUAUUCAACCAGAUCUUGCCAUUGCUCAUGGCGCCCACGCUCGAGGACCAGGAGAGACACUUGCUGGUGAAGGUGAUCGACCGUGUGCUUUACAAGCUGGAUGAUCUUGUUCGACCGUAUGUACACAAAAUCCUGGUUGUGAUCGAACCACUGCUGAUUGACGAAGAUUAUUACGCUCGUGUAGAGGGCCGCGAGAUUAUUUCGAACCUCGCCAAGGCUGCUGGUCUUGCUACCAUGAUUUCCACGAUGCGCCCCGAUAUCGAUAUUGAUGACGAGUACGUUCGUAACACAACUGCCCGUGCGUUUGCGGUCGUUGCCUCGGCGUUGGGUAUCCCGGCAUUGCUGCCUUUCUUGAAGGCCGUUUGCCAGUCGCGAAAGUCCUGGCAAGCACGACACACAGGUAUCAAGAUCGUGCAGCAAGUCGCUAUCCUUAUGGGUUGUGCUGUGCUACCGCACUUGAAGCAUCUCGUGGAGAUUAUUGAGCACGGCCUGGAAGACGAGCAAAAGGUGCGCACUAUCACAGCGCUUGCUCUUGCUGCUCUUGCUGAAGCUGCGCACCCGUAUGGUAUUGAGUCCUUCGACUCUGUGCUCCGACCACUUUGGCGCGGUACCCGCAAGCACCACGGCAAGGGCCUGGCAGCAUUUCUGAAGGCUAUCGGUUUCAUCAUUCCUCUUAUGGAUGCGCAGUACGCGAACUAUUACACUGUUGAGGUGAUGGAGAUCUUGAUUCGUGAGUUCCAGUCGCCUGAUGAAGAAAUGAAGAAAAUUGUAUUGAAGGUGGUGAAGCAGUGUGUUUCUACCGACGGUGUUGAGGCAUCCUAUGUGAAGGAAAAGAUCCUGCCCGAGUUCUUCCGGCAUUUCUGGGUUCGCCGCAUGGCAUUGGACCGACGCAACUACCGCCAGCUAGUGGAGACGACAGUGGAACUUGCAAACAACGUUGGGGCGAGCGAGAUCAUCUCGCGUGUUGUCGAUGAUCUGAAGGAUGAGAGCGAGCCGUACCGCCGUAUGGUCAUGGAGGCAAUUCAGAAGAUUAUCUCGAACUUGGGUGCCACAGAUAUUGGAACCGAUCUUGAGGAGAAACUCAUUGACGGUAUUCUUUAUGCUUUCCAGGAGCAAACUUCGGACGACACUUUCGUGAUGUUGAAUGGGUUCGGAAUUGUGGUGAACGCGUUGGGAAUUCGUGCCAAGAACUACCUGCCGCAAAUUUGCGGUACUAUCAAGUGGCGACUAAACAACAAACCGGCCAAGGUCCGCAUGCAGGCAGCUGAUUUGAUCAAUCGGAUUGCUGUGGUUAUGAAGACGUGCGACCAGGAGCCUCUGAUGGGUCACAUGGGUGUUGUUCUGUACGAGUAUCUCGGUGAAGAGUACCCAGAGGUGCUUGGUAGCAUUCUUGGUGCACUGAAAGCCAUCGUAAAUGUGAUCGGCAUGAGCAAGAUGACCCCACCGAUCAAGGAUCUGCUUCCGCGCCUCACGCCAAUUCUCAAAAACCGCCACGAGAAGGUCCAAGAAAACUGUAUCGACCUUGUUGGACGCAUUGCUGAUCGUGGUGCGGAUUUGGUAUCGGCUCGUGAGUGGAUGCGGAUUUGUUUCGAGCUGCUGGACAUGCUGAAGGCUCACAAGAAGGGUAUCCGACGUGCUGCAGUCAACACAUUUGGUUACAUUGCCAAGGCUAUUGGUCCUCAGGACGUGUUGCACACUUUGCUGAACAACCUGAAGGUGCAGGAGCGACAGAACCGCGUGUGUACGACUGUAGCCAUCGCUAUCGUCGCCGAAACAUGUUCUCCGUUCACGGUCGUCCCAGCGCUGAUGAACGAGUACCGUGUCCCCGAAUUGAACGUGCAGAACGGUGUGUUGAAGGCAUUUUCGUUCAUGUUCGAGUACAUCGGCGAAAUGGGCAAGGACUACAUCUACGCGGUGGCGCCGCUGCUGCAGGACGCACUCAUGGACCGUGAUCUGGUGCAUCGCCAAACGGCGUGUACUACCGUGAAGCAUCUAGCGCUGGGUGUGGUUGGAUUGGGUUGCGAGGACGCGCUGCUGCACCUGCUGAAUUUCGUGUGGCCCAACAUUUUCGAAACGUCUCCGCACGUGAUCAACGCCGUGUUCGAAGCCGUGGAAGGCUGUCGUGUGGCAUUGGGUCCGCACGUGGUGCUACAGUACGUGCUGCAGGGUCUGUUCCACCCGGCGCGCCGCGUGCGCGAGGUGUACUGGAAGAUCUACAACUCGCUCUACAUGUACGCGCAGGACGGCCUGACGCCCGCGUACCCGAUGCUGGAGGACGACGGCGUCAACUCGUACAACCGCACAUACCUGGAGCUCUGCAUCUAAAAUGCCACAUCCUACGCAGGGAUAAAAAAUCAACACAAGGUCCCGAUGAUAUCACAUUGACUGUACGCAGCUGAUCUUCUGGUGGGUACUUCAUAUGCAUGCGCAAGAUCCAAAUGGGAGUUGUCAUCGUGCGGUAAAGACCAGCAGGCUAAUAUAUUCGCGCAGGUUGCUGUAGUUGAAGCCCCCCCCCCCCCUCACUCUUUUUUUUACCGUAACUUUGUCGAAGGUGAGUGAAGCCACUUGCAUCUGCACCGAAUGGUUUCGUACGCUUCCUCAUUUUCUCGACUGCAAGUGCCAAUGCCACUCAGUCCUCCAUUACUCCGGAUGAUUGGUGCUGGCCACCCGCUUUCCUGCCGGUGGAAGCGGGAGGACACUUGAUACCCGCCGCCUUCAACCUGCGCGGAAUCAGCCUGCUCAGCCAGCCAUGUGGUUUCCGGGCGAGCUGCCACCUAUACAAAAACCAACAUACGGUUAGGCUCUAAACCGCCACAAACACGUCGAUCAGUCUGCAACUAGCUGCCCACCCCACACGUCUCCGACGACGUCCCAUUUUCUCUAACCGGACCAGAGCCCAGUUACCACCUCCACCCACCGCAAUGCUGCGCUGCCUGAGCCUCCUCCUGCUGGCGCCGCUGGCUGCAGCUCUACAGCCGCGCGACUUCCGCGUGCCCCCCGUGGACUUUACCCAACUCUCGAGCGCCGCCAACAACGCGCACAACUUCGAUUUGCUGGCGAGGCUCCAGGAGAAUGGGAUCAUUGCGUUGCAAAACGUACCCAAUUUCUCUAACCUGAGAAGCGAGUACCUCCGCACGGCUGCGGACUGCGCCGUCCAAGCCCAGCGCCAGGGCGCCGAGUUCCUGCUCCACCGCGAGCUGAGAGACGGCACCAACCGCUACACCGUGAGUCUCGAGUCGGGUCGCCGGUUAAGUGAAGCCCUGGACCAGAGUGCCCAAUUGCUGGCAGUUUGCCCCGAGUACGUCGAAGCCCACGCCGCAUUCAGCGCUGCAGUCGAACUGGCCGUGGCCAAUGUGGGCACGGCGCUGGACGCGACCCAAAAGUUCCACGUGGUGGCGGAAAAGGGUGCUGUUGCCAUGACGGCGAGGCAACUUUUGGAGGACUCGGUGCAUUUGGACCAUUUCCACGCCUACGAAGCCUCCCGCAAGUUGGAAAAUGGGUACAUCUCAGACGCGGAGCUCAAUGUUGCCGACUUGUCGCUGGAGUUGCACACGGACAACGGCCUCAUGAUUGCCAUGAUUGCACCUGCGUACUUUGAGGUGUUGCCGACUGGCGAGCUGCAACUCAAGCAAACGCAAGGGCAAGACGCGGGACUGUUCAUCCAGCUUGGAAAUGGGGAGAUCGUGCGCCCAGUACUUAACCCGGAUGAGCUCAUUUUGAUGCUCGGGUCGGGUAUUGACGACUGGAUCAAAACCUCGCCACCUCUUCACUCGGUGUUGCAUGGCAUGCGCUACCCACGCACCGUUAGCGUGGUUAACGAGGACGGAGAAGGCAACAAGCUGUUGCGGUCGUGGUUCGGCAAGAUGAUUUUGCUCGAGGAGCACCAGGUCAUGGAUAACACUGGCCUAACCUUUGGGCAAUACGCAAACCAGACGACUCGGUACCUGAUGCAACAAGAUGGUGAAGACCACCAGGCUUUCGGUGCUGUGGCGUGUCCCCCGCAACGGCGUUUGGCUGCAUCGGACAACAGUUGCUCGCUCAAGAUCUGUUCUCUUAAGAGCACGGCCA